CUUUUUUCUGUGGAGGAAGUUAAUGGUUUAAGUGAGGGGCAUCUGGAUCUGGUCCCCGAGUCACCAUGACACUCCUGGGGUCUGAGCACUCCUUGCUGAUUCGGAGCAAGUUCAGAUCAGUUUUACAGUUACGGCUUCAGCAGAGAAGGACCCGUGAGCAGCUGGCAGACCAAGGCAUCAUGCCUCCACUGAAAAGCCCAUCUGCAUUCCAUGAGCAGCGAAAAAGUCUGGAGCGAGCCAAGACAGAAGAUUAUCUCAAGCACAAGAUCAGAAGCAGGCCUGAGCGAUCAGACCUGGUCAAUAUGCACAUUUUACAAGACUCAGCUGCAGAGGGGUCCAUUCAGUCUACUCAAAUGAAGCUGAAAAGAGCCCGACUGGCAGAUAAUCUCAAUGAAAAGAUUGCACUCAGGCCCGGUCCUUUGGAGCUGGUGGAGAAGAAUAUUAUUCCUGUCGACUCAGCUGUGAAGGAGGCCAUAAAAGGCACCCAGGUCAGCUUCCCUAAGUCGACUGACGCCUUCGCUUUCGAGGAGGACAGCAGCAACGAUGAGCUGUCUCCAGAGCAGGCCAGGAGCGAGGACUCCCCGGGUUCCACUGAGUCGACCGGCCCAAAGCCCUGGGAGCCAGCCCCUGCCGCCCCUGCCGGGCCGCCCCAGGAUCACCCCCACAGCGCUGAUGGCCAUGCACCGGACUCGACGUCAGAGCAGGGCAGCCAGUGUGACAGCCCCAAGCAGGCAGCGGGGCAGGAGAGCCCACCCCUGCCGAUGCCCUCAGCCGUGAAGUCCAAAUCAUCCAGUGAUAGCAAGAACCGUCACAAAAAGCCCAAAGACACCAAGCCCAAGGUGAAGAAGCUGAAGUAUCACCAGUAUAUCCCUCCAGACCAGAAGGCAGAGAAGUCCCCUCCACCCAUGGACUCUGCAUAUGCCAGACUUCUCCAGCAGCAGCAGCUCUUUCUGCAGCUCCAGAUCCUCAGCCAGCAGCAGCAGCAACAGCAGCAGCAGCAGCAGCACUUCAGUUAUCCAGGGACACACCAAGGCCAGCUAAAGCAAUCUAAUGAGCAAAUGGUCAAAAGUUCAAAUUCUUCAUCAACUUCUGUCAACAACACCCCUCUUUCUCCUGUGAAAACCACCUUUUCAGGCCAGACUUGUGUCUCAUCUAUCAAGCCAGGCCCUUUGCCGCCUAACCUGGAUGAUCUGAAAGUGUCAGAACUGAGACAGCAGCUCCGAAUACGAGGCCUGCCUGUAUCGGGUACUAAAACAGCGCUGAUGGAACGGCUGCGGCCCUUCCAGGAGUGCAGCAGCAAUGCAGUGCCAAACUUCAGUGAGAUCACCACCGUCACCUUCCCAGUCACUCCGACAAGCACCCUGUCGAGUUACCAGUCACAGUCCUCCACCAGCAUGUUAUCAAAUGGCUUCUACCACUUCGGCAGCACCAGCUCCACCCCACCCAUCUCUCCAGCCUCCUCUGACCUCUCUGUGAGUGGCUCUUUGCCAGACACAUUCAAUGACGGGCCCAUGUCUUCUCCACAGUUUGGUCUCCAGCCAUCUCCAGUUCAUGGCAGUGCUGAAGAAAGUCUCAUGAGCAGCAUGAAUGGAGGGAGCAUUCAGCUGGAACUGGAAGGGAUCGACACAGAGAAAGACAAAAUGCUGGUGGAGAAGCAGAAGGUCAUCAAUGAACUGACAUGGAAGCUGCAGCAAGAGCAAAGGCAGGUGGAAGAGCUACGGAUGCAGCUUCAGAAACGAAAGAGAAGCAAUGGCCUUGAGGAGAAGCAGCAGCCUGCUCAGCAUUUCUUUGGUGUCCCCAUCAAGCAAGAAAAUGCAGUGUCCAGCUGUCCGUUUGCAUCCAAACAAACUGCCUUGAAAGGCCAAGCCAGCAGCUCAGAUAAGUUAAGUAACUGUGGGGUGUCACAGCUGCCUCACAUUGUAAAUAGCCACUGCUUGGAGCCUGCAGGGCAAAGCACCAUCACCUCCUCGACAUUUCUGAGCCCACAGUGCUCCCCUCAGCACUCUCCACUUGGGGCUGCAAAGAGCCCCCAGCACAUCAGCCUGCCACCGUCCCCUAACAGCCACUAUCUCCUCUCGGUGUCCCCUGGCUCACAGGCAGAAGGGCGCAGCGGGUCCCCACAGACCAACAGUUGCCUUCGCACAGCAUCGCAGAUGACACGAAGUCAGCAGAUGGAUGAGCUCCUGGAUGUGCUGAUUGAGAGUGGAGAAAUGCCAGCCAAUGCCAAGGAAGAUCGGUCCUGCCUCCAGAAAGUACCUCAGAUAACAGUGUCUGCAGGGAGCUCAAGCGCUACUCUCCCAAAGUCAUCUGCUGCGUUCGAACAGGUCUCCUCAGCCCAGCUCUCCUUUGAGCACUGUCCAGGCAGCAGUGAUGCUCACCUUGAGGUCCUGAUGCUGAAUGCCCACAGCCCCCUGGGGAGGGUGAGUGAAAUCACCCUGCUGAAGAUGGGGGGAGAAGAGCCUCACUUCGAAGGGAUGAUGGAGGGCUUUUCUAGCAAAGCCACAGAUGAACUGCUCACCUCCCAGGAGAUUUUACAGACUCCACUCUCACCCAUGGAAACCCACCUCUCCCCUUCCCCUGCCGAUGGCUCCGGUUUACAAAUGAGUUUCACUGAGUCUCCGUGGGAAACAAUGGAGUGGCUGGACCUCACACCCCCCAGCUCUGCCACCGGCUUUGGUUCACUCACUCCUGCAGGUCCCAGCAUCUUCAACAUUGAUUUCCUAGAUGUUACCGAUCUCAAUUUAAACACCAGCAUGGACCUGCACCUGCAACAGUGGUGAAACGCAGGGUGGUGGCGGCAGGAUACUGUAAGCUCACAGCAACCAGCACAGCGUUUCUGUCAUGCCAGAGAACACGCAGGGCUAAUGUG